AUGUUGGCCUUCAACAACCAGUUAGUUUUAGUCUCCCAGCGCGACAUUUUAAAAAACGAAGUCGGUGGCAAAAACGAUCUUUUUGGCGUCGGAACUUUGGUGUCAAUUAAAGUUGAACGCGAGCACCAAACUAACGCCAAAACUUUGGCCGUGACCGGACUUAAACGAGUGCGGAUCAAAGAAAUUAGUCUUAACGAAGGGUUUUUGGUUGAGGCCGAAAUUAGCGUUUUAAAAGAUCGCCAAAGCAAAACGGGUGACGAGGGCGCGCUAGUUAGCAAAAUUUCCCGCAAGUUAGACGCGGUUGUCGGCAGCAUGGUCAACAUUCCUAAACACGUGCUCUCUUCGCUGGCUUCGGGUAUUUCAGCCGGCGAGUUAGCCGAUGUGAUCGCCCACUACUUGCCGAUCGCUUUGCCUAAAAAACAAGAAAUUUUGGAAACGACCUUAGUUCCCAAACGACUCAAGUUAAUUUUGCAGCACCUAGAAGAGGAGUCGCGGAUUAACCAAAUCGACAAAGACAUUGAUAAGUCGGUGCGCAAGACGCUUGAUGGCCAGCAGAAGGAGUUUUUGCUGCGCGAGCGCAUGAAGGCGAUUAAAGAAGAACUCGGCGAAAUUUCUUCCAAAGACACAGAAAUUGAAGAUUGAAAGAAAACGCUGGAAGAUAAAAAGUACCCCGAGGAAGUGCGCGCCAAAGCGCUGGAGGAAAUUAAAAAGUACGAGUCAACUCCACCGAUUUCAGCCGAAGCCAACGUGAUCAAGAGUUACAUCGAACUGAUUAUUAAACUGCCUUGGAAAACUUUCACCGUUGAUAACGAAGACAUUCAAAAAACUAAGCACGUGCUUGACAAAUACCACUACGGACUCAAAAAAGUUAAGGAGCGGAUUUUGGAAUAUUUGGCGGUUAAAAUUAACACCAAAAAUUCCCACGCUCCGAUCAUUACUUUGCUCGGUCCGCCCGGGGUCGGGAAAACUUCGCUGGCCCGCUCGAUCGGCGAAGCGAUCGGUCGCGAAGUGAUUAAAGUUUCACUCGGUGGUCUGCGCGAUGAGGCCGAAAUUCGCGGUCACCGCCGCACUUACGUGGGUGCGAUGCCGGGCAAAAUUAUUCAAGCGGUUAAAAAAGCCCAGACUUCCAACCCAGUCAUCUUACUGGACGAGAUCGACAAGAUGUCUUCCGAUUACAAAGGCGACCCCACUUCGGCGAUGCUGGAAGUGCUGGAUCCAGAGCAAAACCGUAAGUUUCAAGACCACUACCUGGAGCUUGAGUACGAUCUUUCCCAGGUCAUGUUCAUCGCGACGGCUAACUACUUAGAAAACAUUCCGGCUCCGCUGAUUGACCGGGUGGAGAUCAUCAGGCUUAACCAAUACAGUUCCGAGGAAAAACUUGAGAUCGCCAAACAGCACAUCAUUCCCCGUACGAUUAACGAGAACGGAUUAACUAAGAAACAGUUCGCCAUUUCUGACCGCACGAUUGAAUACGUAAUUGAUAAGUACACUCAGGAAGCCGGCGUCAGAGAAUUACAGCGCAUCAUGAGUAAACUAGCUCGGAAAGUAGUCGUUAAAAAACUGGAGGGCAAAGUUCAGGAUGAGUUUCAAGUCAACCAAGAGGUGGUGGCCGAGUUUCUUGGUAAAGAAACGGUUUACAAAGAAAAACUGAAAGGCCGCGCCGAAGUUGGUCUAGUCAACGGCAUGUACUACUCAGCUGUUGGCGGCGGUCUUUUACCGAUUGAGGUCACGACUUAUCCGACUAAGAACGGCGAAAUUAAACUGACUGGCUCGAUCCGCGACGUCAUGAAAGAGUCACUUAACAUUGCGAUUGGUUACAUCCGGGCUAACUCCAAACGUUUUGGCAUCAAUUUUGACUUUGAGAAAAACACCAUCCAAGUCCACGUUCCCGAGGGCGCGAUGCCUAAGGACGGCCCUUCGGCCGGCAUCGCUUUUGCUACGGCCGUCAUCUCGGCCUUGCUUAACAAGCCGAUCGACAAAGACAUCGCUUUAACCGGUGAAAUUACUUUGCGAGGUAAAAUUCUGCCGAUCGGUGGUCUGAAAGAGAAAUCACUGGGCGCAGUUGAGGCGGGCGUUAAACGAAUUUUCAUCCCGCGUUUUAACCAGCGUGACACCGAAGAUUUAGCCACCAAAGUGCGUCAGUACGCCCAGAUCAUUCCGGUCGAAAACUACAACGAAGUUUUUGAGCACAUUUUUUCUUCUUAA